AAGGACAGGGAAUCCUGGUGUGCUAAGGUUCAUGGAGUCUCAGAGUCAGACAGGACUGAGUGACUGAACAAUAAACAUUUACAACAGUUAGUGUAACAGGGUUCUUAACUUUAAAAAAAUAUGUAAUGGCUGUGGGAAAAUAUCAUAAUUGUGCCUAAGAUUAUGAAGGUUGGCUUUGCAGUUUCAGCAUGAGUGGUCACCCUGGUGGCCCUGCUCCACUGUACAGAUCAGCUUUGCCUGUCAUUAUUUUUGAGGCUUGCUUGCUUUUCGUUUGUUCAGACACCCUGAGUGGAAGAUCAUGACUUUUUUUUUUCUUUUCAGUCUUACUGAGAUAUUAAUAGAAUUGACAUAUAGCCCUGUGUAAGUUUAAGGGGUUCAGCAUCAUGAGUCCAUUUACAUCCAUCCUGCAGUGAUGAGCACAGUUAGUCUACUGAACAUCUUUUCAUAUGGAUACAAAAUUAAAUAGAAAAAAGUAUUGUUUUGAUGAGAACUCUUGGGGUUUACUGUAUUAACUUUUAUAUCUAACAUAAAACAGCAUUAGUUAUACUUGUGUUGUAUGUCACCUAACAUAAAACAGUGUUAGUUAUACUUAAGUUGUAUGUCACCUCCCUCACACAUACUUCUAACUAGAAGAUGAGCAUGACAGUUUCACGAGGUGUGCCUCCCCGUUACCCAGAAUGAUGCCCCCCAGCCACUUGGUAAAUAUUAGAAACGCCUCCCCCAGGCUGCCCCCACCCACUCCUCUCUGAACCGCUCGCAUCUAUGUAUCCAGUCUUGAGCUCCCUCCGUGUGCCCGUGGAGUCAGGAAGGGGGGGCAGCCACUGGCAUCUCCCCUAGGCAAAGAAGAACAGAGUCGGACCCUGUGAAACCAUUCGGUGUUGUUUCCAGGGCUCCAAAGAGCUCUGGCACCACAGUCCUUUAUGUCUCAUGAUGGAACACGUAGCCCCAGGUCAUUCACCUUAAAACCUAAAUAAUCGGCCAAGCAGAGGUAUAGAGUUGGUAUGGAAUUUAAAGACUCAAGAGGCAGUUUUCUGUAAAGUUUAACUGGGGGUAUCCUCUACUGCAUAUUAAUGAAGUCUCCUUUAUGUACAGUUAGGAAGGUCCCCUGGAGUCGGGAAUGGCAACCCACCCCAGUAUUUUUGCCUAGAGAAUCCCAUGGACAGAGGAGCCUGGUGGGCUACAGUCUAUGGGGUCUCAAAAAGUGGGGCACGCCUAAGGGACUAAUACUUAAUACUAGAAAGAAAUGAGGUGGGAAGCACAGUGGUGGAAAGAGGUGAUGGGUCAGAGUAGGACACCUGUGAGGCUCACGGGCACGUGCUGCCUCAGUGCUCAGUGCGUCACGCUUUCAUAAUCAGGAAGGGGGAGGGGAAAGACCUUCUUUUUCUUGAGUAGACAUCACGUUUCCAUCAUCAGUGCCUCCUCCAGGCAGGGCAGGGAAGUUUACUUGUCCUGCUCUACAUGGUCAGGCUAGGACUAUCCUAGUUCAGUUCAGUUGCUCAGUCGUAUCCGACUCUUUGCGAACCCAUGGACUGUAGCACACUAGACUUCCCUGUCAUAUUACUUGGGAAAGAUAUUUUUAGGUCUCAGUACAAUGCAGGUCUUUCAUUUUGAAAACUCACCUUUCCAUAAGUGAUUGUAUUUUGUAUGCACAGAGCCUGUUUUGGGGGUCACUAACUUGAUGACACCACUGGGCAGGUUGUAGGUCUUGUUUUCUGCUAUUGUUUGGGGGGCAUUGUGGAAAGAACAUGCCUUAGGGGCCAAAGAGCAUGUUUUGGGGGUUUUUAACUCACUGAGCUCACGAGGCAGAAUGUAAGUCUCACGCCACCACUGUUUUAUUAUCUGGGGCCGUGUUUCAUGCUUCUGUUGCAUGGUUUUGUUGCUAAGCAAGUUAGCUUGAUUUAAGCAAGCCAACCUGGCUUUGAUGUUAGAUGACUUGUUUUGCUUUAUGAAUCGAGCAAGCCUACAUGUUUCAGAAUUUUCCCAUUACUUUCUUGAGUGUCAUUAGUCUUAUUGUGGUCUCCCAAAACCCCGUUAAGUUUCUUCUCUAUCUGCAGUUCCCUGAUGGAGUAUCGAGCUAACUGUUCGAUCAUUGUGUUCUAUUAUUCUGUCCCUGGCACCGGGGACACUCCCAGCCCCCGAGUGCAGGCUGCAGCGCCCUCAGUGAUCCCUCCACCACUCCUGCAAAUGAGACGCAGCUCUGAGAGCCAGGAGACCAGGCCCCUAGUUCUGCUGUCAUUUCCUCCCUCCCCCUUGUUCUGGGCUACCCCCUGCCCAGUCCUACCUGCCUGGAGUGGACCCUCAACCUCCCACCGCCUGCACCCCGCCCCCCCCACUUCACCCUAUUGCUGCUUUGCCUCUAGGAGCACCACCCUCAGGAGUAACUGGCUAGAGUUAGGGUGAUCUGGACAUCUGGCAAGUCUUCACUGGGGAGGAAGAAGGAGGGAACCUCUUUUGUUUAUGUCUAGAUGUCAUUGAAUCUGUCUUGCCAAGCACAGGAAGAGGCAGAGAGGGCUUGGAGAGACCUUUUUCGAAAGACCCAGAAAGCAGAAUAUUCCAGGGUAAAGAGAUCUGACUCCAGAGUGGAGGGAGGACAGACACACUGGAACUCCAGGUGGGAUCUUGUCUGUGGAGGAUGGGUCUGGAGAGCCACCAUCAGCCAGGUCCCCAAGGCUUGUCAGCCUGGGGCCUCUGAGGACCAGCCAGGCUGUGGUCUUCUUCCAAAAGCCAGGAAGGGACAUCUUCCAUCAUUUCUAGUGCCUCUUUGGGCACAGAUGCAUUCUAAAGACCCUAGGAAGGCCCUGGGGAGCAGAUGCUUUGCAGUCACAGAAGGAAUUCUGCAACUAGAGAGGGAUGAGCUCUUCCCACCCCGAAACGAGCUCAGAGAACAAAAACAGGUAGAAAUGUCCCCCAGAUGGACUCACAUGUGGGUCCUGGGAGUCGUCCUGGGCCAGACCUGACACUAGGCAGGAAGAACACUUCUUCAUGCAGAUGAGCCCCUAGUGCUGCUGUGUCCGGUGAGUCCCCUACACACACACAGUCUGUGGAGCUGGAGGUGGACAGAGGGGUCCCCUGCGUCACUUAGAAAGACUUUUUGGCUGAUACUUCCUGUUUUUAGAUCAUUUGAAGACAGUGGUCCCUCCUGCAUCCUUAGAUCUCCUGGAUGCUGAGUUGCCAUGGAAACAUCCCAAACUUAGACCUCUGCUGUUUCCUGUUUCCCCAAGUCCCUGUGAAGUCGGCUAGCUCUCCCUAAUGUUCAGUGCGGCAGAUCUGUCCAUCCAUCCAUCCAUCUUUGCCCAAGUGGGUUUUCCGGUUACUCCUUCGUGAAGCACGACAGCGCCCUCCCUUGGCUGAGUCUCAGGCUCACCAGGCUGAAAAGGAAACCAGGGGUGAACUUCGGCUUCUCUCUGAAAGUGUUUUGAGGUACUGCUGAAAAGUGUCAGUGUCACUUUGGCUGCUCUUAAUCAGGGACUUGAUGGUUAUCUUUGUUGCGCAUCUUGAGCUCCUGCAGCUGAUUGGUCAAGGUGAUUGCCGGAAGUUAAAAUGCCCACAAGGCACCUUCCAGUUUAGCCCUGUUUUAGGGUUCUCCUUCCGGGACGCCCACAGUGCUGGCUGCUGGUGGGGAUGGUAGGAAUUUGGUGAAUGCCGUCUCUGGGAAGUUACCAGACUGCAGAGUAUCCUUCAGGGAAGGCCGCCUUCUCACCCUCCAAAUAGGAGAACUGUUGGGGCGUCACAAUGCCGGGGGUGGAGAGGUUCCGUCCGUCUGUGUUCUGAGACCGCGGCAGAGCCAGCGCGCCAGCCAGCCCAGCAGGAGCUUCACCACAGACCUUUUGAUGCAGGCUUUGCGCCUCCCCAGGGAGAAAGUCCGUGUUGUUACCUAUGCUUAAUGCAGCGCAAAGGAAAAACGGAAUUGUAUUUGUGGGCUUAAAGUUGAGCCCCCACCAGAAUCUGUUUUAACUGUCUGAACGUGAACAUUGGGUGAUUUUGAUGUGGCCCAAACUACCCCAACGAAUGUGCCUUCAGGACUUGUUCCAGAGUAGAUUCUUCAGGAUGGGCGUCCAGGCCCCACCCCGACUCCUGGAGUUGGCCGGCCAGAGCCUGCUGCAGAAUGAGGCGUUGACCAUUGCGGCCCUGGAAGAGCUGCCCAUUGAGCUCUUCCCACCGCUGUUUACGGCGGCCUUUGCCGGGAAGCACACCCAGGCCCUGAAGGCGAUGGUGCAGGCCUGGCCCUUCCCCUGCCUCCCGCUGGGGGCCCUGAUGAAGGACCACCAGCCUCAUCUGGAGACCUUCCAGGCUGCACUUGACGGCCUGGACGUCCUGCUUGCUCAGGAGGUCCGCCCCAGGCGGUGGAAGCUGCAGGUGCUGGACCUGCGCCGGAACGCGCACCAGGACUUUUGGACCGUGUGGUCCGGCAUUAAGGCCAGCAUGUGCUCGCUGCUGGAGCCCGAGCCGGCCCAGCCCAUGCAGAAGAGGCGCAGAGUGGAGGGUUCGAUGGCGGGGCCGAAGCCGGUGCGGGCCCCCGUGGAGGUGCUGGUCGACCUGUGCCUCAAGGAGGACACCCUGGACGAGACCCUCAGCUGCCUGCUGAAGAAGGCCAAGCAGAGGAGGGGCCUGCUGCGCCUGCGCUGCCAGAAGCUGCGGAUCUUCGCCAUGCCCAUGCAGACCAUCAGGAGGAUCCUGAAGGUGGUGCAGCUGGAUUCCGUCCAGGACCUGGAGGUGAACUGCACCUGGAAGCUGGCCACGCUGGGCAAGUUCGUGCUGCACCUGGGCCGCAUGGGCAACCUGCGUCGGCUGCUGCUCUCGCACAUCCACGUGUUGCCGCGCAUUGCCCCCAACCAGGAGGAGCCCUACGUUGGCCAGCUCACCGCCCAGUUCCUGAACCUGCCCCACCUGCAGGAGCUCUACCUGGACUCCAUCUCCUUCCUCGAGGGCCACCUGCACCAGGUGCUCAGGUGCCUGAAGACCCCUCUGGAGACCCUGUCGAUCACCAACUGCCUGAUUUCAGACUCAGACCUGACGUACCUGUCGCAGUGCCCGAGCGUCAGCCUGCUGAAGGACCUGGGCCUCAGCGGGGUCAACCUGACCAGCCUCAACUUGGAGCCCCUGCAGGUCCUGAUCGAGAGGACCUCGGCCACCCUGCAGGACCUGGACCUGGACGAGUGCGGCAUCAUGGACUCCCAGUUCAGCGCCCUCCUGCCCUCCCUGAGCCGCUGCUCCCAGCUCACCACCUUCAGCUUCUGUGGCAACCCCAUCUCCAUGGCCGUGCUGGAGAGCCUGCUGCGGCACACCGCGGGGCUGAGCAGGCUCAGCCACGUGCUCUACCCCGCGCCCCUGGAGAGCUACGAGGAUGUGCGCGGCACCCUGCACCUGGGCCGCCUGGCUGAGCUGCACGCCCGCCUCAGGCAGCUGCUCUGCGAGUCUGGGCGGCCCGGCGUGGUCUGGUUCAGCGCCAACCCCUGUCCGCACUGCGGCGACCGGACCUUCUACGACCCCGAGCCCAUCCUGUGCCCCUGCUGCGUGCCCGCCUAGCCCAGCUCACGAAUUGCGGGCUUUGUACCCGGCACUGGGACACUGCCACCCAGACCUCAGUGCAUCUAGAAGGAACACAAACCACGGUUUCAGACAGUUGUUCAGGGCAUGCGGGAAAAGGAAAGGUGAUUCAGAGUGGGCAGGGGGAGGGGUUGGUGGGAUGUGGGGAGAGAUGUGUUCCUACAAAGUUAGAAAUGUGAAUCUGGAUUUUGGAGGGGGAAUUUGGGCUUGGGAGGUUGAAGGGGUCAUUACCCCUGUGUUGGAUUGUUACAAAGAAAUAAAGGGAAUUUCAGUGUCAA